GAAACACCGAAGAGACGUCAUGUAGAAACCGAUGAAUCCGGAUAGAAACACAUCAUCAUGUCCAUCAGCGUGACUCUGAGGAGGAUCUCCAACCUGCCGGGUCGAUCGGACCGGAAGGUGGAACUCUGCUUCAGAGGUUUCACCCAUAAAACCAGGAUCCUCCAGUGUGAGGACGUGGCCCUGUUCAACGAGUAUUUCCGGUGGCCUCACUAUGGGAAACUGAUCAAAGAUGAAGUUUUGUCCGUCAGUGUGUACAACUGCAGUAAAAUGUUCUCCAACAGACUUCUGGGUAAACUCGUCAUCAGUCUUCAACAUGUCGUCACCGCUGGGAGGCUGUUGCUACGGGAACCGCUGACUGACUCCAACUACAGUCUGACUGAUAUCUACAUCGAGUUGGACGUCCGGUAUCAUCCUGUCGAAGGAACGGCCGGAGGAUGGGACGGACUGGAGUUCCUGAGAGUUGAAGACAAAGACGAAUCAGCUCUGGUCAUCCGGAACCAAGGCUUUGACGAUGUCGAGAGUCAGCUGACCGUCACUCGCCCAGAUCAACUGGAGAGAGAAGUUCGGCGUUUGGGGCGGAGCCUGGUCGGAACUGGGGAGGAAGAUGACGACGAUGACGACGACUGGGACGACGACCUGACAGACCUGGAGACGGCCAACGUGGUCUUCACCCCCCUGCUCAGUCGUUGCAGGCCGUUGUCCAGACGUGUGGUGGCUGCAGCUCCCAGGGUCCAGAGCUUCCAGGUCAACGUGAACGUCCUGGAGGCGCAGAAGUUGGUCGGGGUCAACAUUAACCCUGUGGUUUAUAUCAGAGCUGGAAACCAGAAGAGACACACGGCAACGCAGAAGUCCACCAACUGUCCCUUCUACAACGAGAACUUCCAGUUUGAGUUUCAGGAAACAGCGGAGAUCCUGUUCGAUAAAGUCAUAGAAAUAAAGGUGUUCCACAGGCGGACCCUGGCCUUCCUGUUGACCCACAUCGGGACCUUCAAGAUCGACAUCGCCACCGUGUUCAACCAGCCAGACCACCGCUUCUACCAGAAGUGGGCUCCUCUCACCGACCCGGCAGACACCAGGUCGGGGGUCAAAGGUUACGUCAAAGCCAGCCUCAGCAUGCUGAUGAAGGGCGACGCUCUGAGCAUGCCCAGUCUGCCCCCGAGCUCCUCGUCUGGAGCCAGCGAGGACAUCGAGAAGAACCUGCUGCUUCCUCGUGGGAUGUCGUCUGAACGUCCCUGGGCUCGCUUUCGUGUUCGGGUCUACAGGGCAGAGGGUCUGCCUACCAUGGACUCUGGACUAAUGGCCAAAAUGUCAAAGGUCACUGACCGGACAGUCUUCAUCGACCCGUACGUCCAGGUGACCUUUGCUGGACAGCAGGGGGAAACGUCAGUCGCCAGCGCCACCAGCUGUCCAGUCUGGAAUGAGGAGAUCUCCUUCAUCGAGCAGUUUCCUCCUCUGGCCCAAAGAAUCAGAGUCCAGGUCCUGGAUGAUGCCAAGAUGGGGGACAUCGCCUUGGCAACACAUUUCCUGGAUCUGCAGCAGAUUUCUGACCCGACCAGGAACGGUUUUAACCCCACUUUUGGACCGAGUUGGGUUAAUCUGUACGGUUCACCUAAGAAUUCCACCCUGGGAGAUAUCCAUCAGGCUCUGAAUCAGGGUCUGGGUGAAGGGAUCUUCUACCGAGGCCGAAUCCUUCUCGCCCUCACUGUCGAGGUUUACUCCUCCCCCUCUGCUGUCGUCACGGAUACUGCCUCAGUCGCCAUGGGGAAGGUAAAAGGAGCUCUGGGAAAACUGGGUUUAAAGAAGAGGAGCAGCAAAAAGAAGAAUAAACCAGAAGAGUCUCAGGCCACUGGUGAACUGGGUGAUGACUCUGGGGAGGCCGGAGUUGAAGUGCCAGAGGCUGUUACCGUGGAGAUAGAGGAGAUCCACCCCCUGCCUGAGGGUUUCCUGGGAGAGAAGCAGGACUUCUUACUCUUUGCAUCUCUUUUUGAAGUCACCAAGAUGAACCCCUCUGUAGGAACCCGACCCCUGACCUUUGAACUGUCCAUAGGGAAUUAUGGGAAGGCAGUGGGAGUAAAGAAGUCCAAGAAGAGUCAGAGCAAAGAGGACCUGAGGAGGAGCAGAGAAGACCUGAACGAAGAGACUCAGGGUCUUCUGGAGUCAGAGGAGGAGCUGGACCGGGACGAGGUCCAGAGUCCAGAACCUGAGAACAGAUCUGUGUCUGCUGCCUUCAGACCAGAACCCACUGAGUACGACAGGUCCUUCAGGUGUAUUCCUCUGCAGCCGCCGUCCUUCAGACAGAAGCCCUGUCUCUUCACAUGGAGUCAGUUCGAGGACCACAGCGUCCGCCUCCAUCAGGCCAACUGGCUCAGCAAGAUGGCCAACAGACUGGAGAUCGGACUGGAUGAGGUGGAGCGUCUCCUACGGAGGCCGAGGAGUAAUGUGAAGGAGCGUCUGGUGGAGGUUCUGCUGGAGCUCAUCGCCUCCUGCAAACAUUUCAGUGCAUUCUCAGAAAAGAAAUCUCAGUCUCGUCCAAACAACCUGGACCGAUGCAGGAAAGAGUUCAUCAAGAAGAACUUGGUUUUGAUCGCCAGGCAGGCGGUGAGGGCUCGGCGGAGGAUCACCAGACGAACAGCCAAACAGCGACUGAUUGAGGGCAGGAAGCUCCUGAAGAAGCUUUACCUACUGGCUAAAGAGCCUCAGAGCACCAUCCCAGAUGUGUUUCUAUGGUUACUGAGUGGAAGCAAGCGGUUGGCUUACGUCAGGAUCCCCGCCCACACAGUCUUAUUCUCAUUGGUGGAGGAGCAGAGGGGGCGGGACUGCGGCCGGGUCACGACCCUCUAUAUGAAGUCUCCAGGCGGUCCACCAGGUGAGGUCUUUGCGAAGCUGGAGGUCUACCUGUGGCUCGGUUUGGCUAAAUAUAGUAAGGAGGCCCUGAGCUCUCUGCCGGAGGAGUUCCUGCCGGUCUACGAGGAGGAGGAGGAGCUGAGGAUCAUACCUGCAGGGAUGAGGAAGCUUCCUGUCAGUCUGUCCUGUCAAGACAGCAGGUACUUCCAGCUCAGAUGUCACCUGUACCAGGGGCGUGGCCUGUUGGCUGCUGAUGACGACGGCCUAUCAGAUCCUUUCGCCAAAGUCCUGUUCUCCACACAGUGCCAGGUCACCAGGGUGGUGUCGGACACGCUCUCCCCCGCUUGGUGUCAGUGUUUGUUAUUCGACAGAGUUCUGCUGGAGGGAUCGAGGGAGGAGCUUGAACAUGACCCGCCUCUCAUCAUCAUCAGCAUCUACGACUAUGAUUCCAUGGGCAGUCCAAAGCCCCUCGGCCGGGCAUACGCUGAGCCUCAGUUUAAACUCGCAGACCAGCUCUACAAGAAGCCCCGCCUCCAGUUCUAUGAUGUCACCAUGGGGAAGGCUCCGGCUGGCGAGCUAUUGGCUGCCUUCGAGCUCAUUGAACUGGACUACACUGGGUUUGGAGAGCCGUGUCUCCCCAGCAGCGUGGACCCUCAGGAGCUGACCUAUGAGGAGGAGCAGAGGAUCUACGAGAUCCCUGAGGGGGUCCGACCAGUUCUGAGGACCUUCAGGAUCGAGGUCCUGUUCUGGGGUCUGCGGGACCUAAAGCGGGUCCAGCUGUUUGAGGUGGAGCGCCCCCUGGUGAAGGUGGAGUGUGCAGGACGUCAGCUGGAGUCGGAGGAGAUCGAAAGCUACAAGACACACCCCAACUUCAAAGAGCUGGUCCGCUACCUGGACGUGGAGCUGCCGGAGCAGGCCUACCUACACCCUCCUCUCACUGUGUUCGUCGUAGAACAGCGGGCGUUUGGCAGACUCGCCCUUGUUGGGUCACAUGCGGUCCAGAGCCUCAUGGCCUAUGCCCCCCCUGCUGGGGAGGAGCCAGAGGAGGAGGAGGAGGAGCCUAAACCAAAAGCGAGGCAGAGUACAAUGAAGAUUGAUCCUCUGAACACAGUGAAAGGCCUUGGACUCAGCGGCCUGUCAAUCAAAGAGUCAAAGAUUCCCAUCAACCCUGUCAAACUGGUCAAUGCUCCCCUGAAGAAGCUGAUGAAGACGGAGGAUGACUUUGAGGAGAGCCACCAGAGAAGGAGGAGCUGGGACUGGUGGUCCAAAUACUACGCCUCAAUGCACGAACUGGAGAAAAAGGCUGCUGAACAAGAGGAGAUGGAGGAACAGGCAGAGACAGAUGCAGCGAAUAUGACCAUGGCAAACAUCGAGGAUGAAGAAGAGGAAGUUGUGGUUGUGGAGGUGGAGCCUCCCAAACGUAAAACCAUCGCCACGUUAACGCUCUUCUCUGGAGACCUGGAGACCGAGUUCAGCCAGUCAGACUGGCUGCAGAUCUUCCCACUCUAUAAAGGCAGAUCGUUGGGCGACGAAGAUGACGAGGAUGAAGACGAGAGGCUGAUGGGGAAAUACAAGGGCUCUUUUCUGGUUUAUCCAAUCGACGCAGCCGAUGCAGAGGACACCACCUGUCAGAUCACCAACGGGAUUCCCAAGAACUCUCCCAUUAAAGUCCUGGUCCGAGUCUACAUCAUCAAGGUCUGAUCGGCUCCCACUGAUCCAAAUGGUAAAGCCGACCCAUAUCUGGUAGUCCAAGCCGGAGAGCAGAGCCUGGACACCAAAGACCGAUACAUUCCCAAACAGCUGAACCCUGUUUUUGGAGAGGUGUUUGAACUCACUGUGUCAUUUCCACUGGAGACGGAGCUGCUGAUCAAAGUGUUGGAUCAUGAUCUGGUCGGGUCUGAUGAUGUCAUUGGAGAGUCGCGGGUCGACCUGGAGAACCGGUUUUAUAGUCGACACCGACCGAGCUGUGGCCUCGCACUUUACUAUGACACCGAUGGUUACAACACAUGGCGUGACGCAAAGAAGCCAUCGACCAUUCUGGCUGAGCUCUGCAGAAAGAACGGGAUCCCGUCUCCUGAAUACCGAACAUCUGAGGUCAAAGUCCUGAACAAGAUCUUCAAGAUCCCAGUAGACGCUGUACCUGAAGCUCUGCUGAAGAAGAACCAGCGCUCCCCUGAAGAGGAGGCGGAGAUGGAGGAGCACGCAGCCCUGAGCGUCCUCCACCGGUGGGGAGAGAUGAAGGAGUUCCUCCCUGGAGCUGUUCCUCUGGUCCCAGAACACGUGGAGAUCCGGUCCCUGCUGAACCAGGACAAACCGGGUCUGCCUCAGGGUUACCUUCACAUGUGGGUCGACAUGUUUCCUACAGACGUCCCAGCUCCGCCUCCUGUUGACAUCAAGCCCCGCCUACCUGUGCAGUAUGAGCUACGUGUGAUCAUCUGGAAUACAGACGACGUGUUUCUGGAUGACGUGAACCCGUUCACCGGUGACCCAUCGUCUGACAUCUACGUUAAAGGGUGGAUUAAAGGUCUGGAAGGAGAGAAACAGGAGACAGAUGUUCACUUUAAUUCUCUGACUGGAGAAGGAAAUUUCAACUGGAGAUUUGUGUUUCGCUUCGACUACCUUCCCACUGAGAAGGAGGUGGUGUACAAGAAGAAGGAGUCCAUCUUUUCUCUGGAGGAGUCGGAGUGUCAGCCGGCCGUUCUUACGCUGCAGGUCUGGGAUUAUGAUCGCAGCUGCAAUGACUUCCUGGGUUCCAUAGAGCUGCGUCUUUACGACCUGGUUCGUCCAGCAAAGUCUUCUGGUAAAUGUACGAUUCAUAUGGCCAAGGACCGAGCAGGACCUCGGGUCUCGAUCUUCAGGUCUAAGAAGAUGAAGGGAUGGUGGCCUCUAACCCGACUGAAGACCGCCGAGGACUUUGAGAGGGAGGAGAAGGAGAAGGAGGAGGCCAAGAAGAAGAAGAAAAAGAAGAAGAAGAAGAAGGACCGGAGGAGUCAGAUGAAACCAGAGGACAUCCAGUUCACCGACAGCAGCGGGAACACCUUCCUGCUCAUGGGGAAGGUGGAGGCGGAGCUUCAGCUGGUGACGCUGGAACAGGCCGAGGCCAACCCAGUCGGUCGAGCUCGAAAGGAGCCGGAGCCUCUGGACAAACCAAAUCGUCCAACCACGAGCUUCAACUGGUUUGUGAACCCAAUGAAGACGUUUGUGUACCUGAUUUGGAAGAAGUACAAGAAGUACAUUAUCGCCCUGGUGAUCCUGGCCAUCCUCACGCUCUUCCUCGUCCUCAUCAUCUACACACUACCACAGAACAUCUCCUCCCUCAUAGUCAAAGGGUGAAGACUACAUUACCCAGCAUCCUCUGGGGCAUCCACACAGCCACGAGAGGAUGGAGUAACUGUAAGCCUGCACAGAUCUGACCAAUCAGCAACAUUUCAUCAUUAACUACAUGUUUUACAUUUAUUGUUGAUAUAUUUUUUUAUGUUGUGUUAAAUGUUGCACUGAGUCAAGCUGCUAAAGUUAAUGUUUAUUUAAUCACAUUUCUGUAAAAUCAGUUAAUUAAUUAUCACCUUUUACCAGAUGGUUUUUGUUGAGAUCAUAAGAUUAGCAUAUUUCUUCCACAACAGAAUUAUUUUGCACAAUAACAAGAUCUUUCAUGAGAAAAUAUGCUUGUAUUUUAUAAUUAUUAAACUGAUUAAUUCAACAUAUUAGAUAAUUUGAUCAAACCAAGAAUUGCGUCGUGUUUGUUUUUAUCUUUGUAUUAAUCAAAA